CGCGGGCGUGGGCACUGCGGCCGCCUCUCUCUCCUCGCGUGCCCAGCGUCCAUCCUUUCCGCGGACCCACACCCGCAGGCCGCCGGGGGGCGGGGGAUGCCGGGCUGCCGCAUCAGCGCCUGCGGCCCAGGGGCUCAGGAAGGGACGGCAGAACCGGGGUCCCCCCCGCCGCCGCCCCGGGAGCCCCUGUCGUCCCUUCAGCCCCCGCCCCCAACUCCGACCUUGACCCCGACCCCAGCUCAGUCCCGGCCGCUGCCGGAGGCGGCCCAGGCGUCAGCUGCGCAGGCCGAGGGUCAGGAGCUGCAGCGCUGGCGCCAGAGCGCUAGUGGGGGCGCUGGGGUCACCGGGGCGGCGGGGGGCGCCGGCGGUGGCUCCGGAGCUGCGGCGGGGGCUGGGGGCCGCGCGCUGGAGCUAGCCGAAGCGCGGCGGCGGCUGUUGGAGGUGGAGGGCCGCCGGCGGCUGGUGUCGGAGCUGGAGAGCCGCGUGCUGCAGCUACACCGAGUCUUUCUGGCCGCCGAGCUGCGCCUGGCGCACCGCGCAGAGAGCCUGAGCCGCCUGAGCGGCGGCGUGGCGCAGGCCGAGCUCUACCUGGCGGCGCACGGGUCGCGCCUCAAGAAGGGCUCGCGUCGUGGCCGCCGCGGCCGCCCGCCGGCGCUGCUGGCCUCUGCUCUCGGCCUGGGGAGCUGCGUGCCCUGGGGCGCCGGGCGGCUGCGGCGCGGCCAUGGCCCCGAGCCCGACUCGCCCUUCCGCCGCAGCCCGCCCCGCGGCCCCGCUUCCCCCCAACGCUGAGCUCAGGCGCCCGGACCCCUGGCCACCCAGGUCGGGCCAUCACCGAGGUGCCAACCAACGGAUUGAGGAUGCCGGCAGGAUGGACGGUGUCACCUAUGCUGAUGAACAGACUGACCCACGACAGGAAGAGACAUACUGGGGGCCAGGAGCCCAGUAAAGGAGGCUGAGAUGCCCUUCAGAUCCUUCAUUCCUCUGCCCCCACUCAUCUGUGAUGGCUUGGUCCUUGCUUCCGUGCUCAUAGAUAAUUGCACCUUCACUUGUUAGUCUGUCAGCUCCUCCUAGCUCCUCAGAGCCUCUACUCUAUGGAUCUGAACUCCUAGAUUCUGCUCCUUCCCUGGACACCUUCAGGAAGACUUUGAGAAUUGCCCCUACCUGACCUCAGUGCCCUCCUGUCUGGAGCCACCACUUCACCAUGGCAAAGGGCUGGGUUCUGGGGAACUUGCCCACACACUAUGAAUUUCUCUACAUGCACCAUAUUUGGCUUUGCUCUGUAUGAUUGAAGAUGGUAACACAGGGCCCUGAGAUGCAAUCAGAUUAUUUGAGAGUGUAGCAAACAUUUUCAAAGUGACAACAAAAAGGACCUCUCUUUAAAGGUAGAGUCAUCAUUCUUAAGUCACAGAACAGCUGGAGUCCCCAUCUGGUAGAUAUCAGUUGCUUUUGAAUCUGAUGUUUGAGGGAAAACCCUGGUCUGAGAAAUGCCUGUUUCCCUGCCCACUGUCCUCUUCUCCCCAUAUGAGGGUGUGCCUGGGGCCCCUCAAGACAAUCAGCUGCUGCCUCCCAGGGGACACACCCCUUUCUCUGGAAGAGGUAGUGGCAACAUAAAACUCCUAAGCAACAUUUUAAAUACAAGAAGACUAUAUAUUUAUUCAUAAAGUAUCCUGCUAAAGAGGGAAAGUGCACAUUUAUUCACAUACAGCUCAGAACUUGUAAAAUUCUGCAAGCAAAUGGAUAUUGAAUCAGUCCCCUGACAUAUGCGUUCAGGAAGAAUAAAUUUCAAUAAUAUGA